GUUUCGUCUCAAAGAGUCAUCAAACUCUGACAGACAUAAGCCACUUGCGCGGCACUUCGCAGUUCGCACUCUGCAACUCUUUCGAUCUUCCCUACCGUAACUGGUCGUAUUAGUGAAGAUUGCUCACAGAGACUUGUCUCUUUGCUGGAAUGGCUAAUAAUGCUCAAUUUUCUGGCAUACAGCCUCUUCGACCUCCUGUUUUUGUUGCUGGUCCUCCUCAAGGCACUCGUCCGUCAAUGCCAAUGCAAUUUCGAACUGAGGUUCCAGCACAGCAGUCACAACCCUAUAUGCCAGUGGCUUCUCAACAAUUUCAGCCUGUUGUCCAGAUUAAUAUUGGAUUGCCUCCUCACACUCAGCAACACCAGUUUUCUCAACCUAUGCAGCAGCUACCCGCAAGACCCGUUCAGGCAGGACAUAAUCUGCUUCCAUCACAGGCAAUUCCAGUGGCAGAUGCCCAUCCAAACAGGCCUAGUGCAUUUAUUUCACCUCAGUCUCAGCAAAAUGCUCAGAUUCCAAAUAAUUAUAUGCCUAAUUUGGGUGGCCCGAGAAUGCCUCCCUCUUUGUCCUAUUCUUAUUCCGUGCCUUCGUGUGGCCAACUACAAAUAAAUUCUGAUGCCAUGACCCAGUACCAGCCGAUAUCCCAGAUGAAUCUGCCCCCUGCUACUGGACAACCUUGGUUGUCAGCCGGAAGCCAGAGUCUAAUUUCUGUCACACCUGUUCAGCAGACUGGUGAACAAUCUUCAGUUAUUGCUACUGUAAUUCCAACAACAACUGCCCAGCCUAACCUCAUUGAAAAGGGUUCAUCAGACUGGAAAGAGCAUGUUUCUCGUGAUGGAAGAAGAUAUUAUUAUAACAGAAAGACAGGAUCAUCUAGCUGGGAGAAGCCUCUAGAAUUAAUGACAUUACUUGAGAGGGCGGAUGCAUCAACUGACUGGAAAGAGUUUACAAGUCCCGAUGGAAGAAAGUACUACUACAACAAGGUCACCAAGCAAUCCAAGUGGACAAUUCCUGAUGAACUCAAGUUAGCUCGAGCAAAAAUGGCAUCUAUCAAUGAAUCACAGGUGGAAAAGAAUGCAGAUUCUCAUGCCUCAGUUGCUUCUUCCUUCUCCGCUGUUGAAGUUCCAUCCCCUGAAGCAGAUACUUCAUCUUCCCCAGCUUGCGGCGUAGUGUCAAGUCCAAUUCCAGUGACACCUGUCGUUGCUGCAAUUAACCCACAACCGGUGGUGGCUUCGGAAUCUCCUGUCUCAUCUGUUACACAGUCUACUUUGACAACAAAUGCUGUUGAAGUGCAGACAUCUGAUCAAAAUGUCACACCAAUUGCUUCUGUUGCUGGAAGUGCCGAGAUUUCUAUCACUUCAGAAGAUGCACUUACAACGUCAAAGAGUACUUUAUCAGAUCAAGAUACUGUAAUUACCGCAAAUGGAAUUUCUGCGGGGGAUAUAGAGGAAGCCAAGAAAGAUACUGUAAUUGCUGGAGAAGUCAACGUUAGUGCACCGGGGGAGAAAAUAAUUGAUAAACAACCCGUAGUUUAUGAAAGUAAACUGGAGGCAAAAAAUGCAUUUAAAGCACUUCUGGAGUCUGCAAACAUUGGGUCAGAUUGGUCUUGGGAUCAGGCCAUGAGAGUAAUAAUUAAUGACAAAAGGUAUAGUGCUCUGAGAUCACUUGGCGAACGGAAGCAAGCUUUCAAUGAGUUCCUGGGAGAAAAGAAAAAACAGGAUGUAGAAGAGAGGCGUGCUAAGCAGAAAAAAGCACGUGAAGAUUUUAAGAAAAUGUUAGAAGAGUCCAAAGAAUUGACGUCAUCCACAAGAUGGAGCAAAGCAAUUGCUCUAUUUGAAGAUGAUGAACGUUUCAGAGCUGUUGAGAGAGCUAAAGACCGUGAACACUUCUUCGAAAAAUUUAUGGGGGAACUCGUGGAAAAGGCACGGGCAAGGGCAUUGGAGGAGCAUAAGAGGAAUAGAACGGAAUACUUGAAAUUUUUGAAAUCUUGUGACUUUAUAACGGCAAGCAGCCAGUGGCGGAAAGUUCAAGAUCGCUUAGAGGCAGAUGAAAGUUGCUCGCGUCUUGAAAAAAUUGAUCGGUUGGAAAUUUUUCAGGAAUAUGUACGUGAUUUAGAGAAGGAAGAGGAGGAGCAGAGGAAAAUGCGGAUGGAAGAAUCAAGAAAAGCGGAGCGUAAAAACCGUGAUGAGUUCCGGAAGUUGAUGGAAUUGCAUGUCGCUGAAGGCACACUCACUGCUGAGACUCACUGUCGCGACUAUUGUAUGAAGGUUAAGGAUUUACCUGCAUAUGUUGCAGUGUCAUCAAAUACCUCAGGUUCAACUGCAAAAGAUUUAUUUGAAGAUGUUGCCGAGGAGCUGCAGAAACAGUAUACUGAGGACAAAGCUCGAAUAAAAGAUGCAUUGAAGUUGCGAAAGAUUUCACUGUCAUCAACCUGGACGCUAGAAGACUUCAAGGCUGCAAUUUCAGAAGAAAUUAGCUCUCCACCGAUAUCAGAUAUCAAUCUAAAGCUUGCGUUUAAUGAGUUACAAGAAAGAGUGAGGGAGAAGGAGGAGAAAGAAGCUAAAAAACGUAAAAGGGCUGGAGAUGACUUCUAUGAUUUAUUGUGUACUUCAAAGGAAAUAAAUGCGUCUUCGAAAUGGGAGGAUCACAAACCACUUUUUGAGGAUAGAUUAGAGAACUGGUUCAUCGCUGAAGAGAGCUACUUUAGGGAGAUCUUUGAGAAAUACAUCACAGAACUGAAAGAGAAGGCAAAAGAGAAGGAGAGAAAGCGCUGGGAAGAGAAGACCAAGAAGGAUAAAGAGGGAAAUGAUAGAGAAAAGAGGAAGACAAAACACAGGAGGGAGAAAGAAAGAGUUGAAAGCAAAACAGGUAAAGGGCGAUCUAUGAAGGAUGGAACAGAAAGUGAUGAUGCUGAUAGAACAGAGACUGAUGUUUUGGAAGGAAACAGAAGGUCAGGAAAAGACAGAGAUAAGAAGCAUAGGAAACGGCACGUAAGUUCUGUGGAUGACUUGAGUUUUGAUGAAGAUGAAAAAGAUGGGUCUAAGACUUCUCAUAGACAUGGCUCUGACCGCAAAAAAUAUAAGCAGAUGGAUCGGCAUGGUGGUACUUCUGAACCAGAUUGUGAAAGCCGACAGAGGAGACACAAGAGAGAUCACCGGAACGGUUCUCAUAGGACUGGUCACUAUGAGGAACUUCAAGACAUGGAACUUGGUGAAGAUGGAAAGUUUGGUAGUUAGUUGCUCGCUAGUAAAUUCUUUAUUCUUGCUCAAAUCUCAUAAUCAUCUACAGCAUGGAUUAGAUAUUUGUUUUUGAGUGUACUUUAUUAUGUGCAGCAUAUCCUGGUCAGUGUUUGAUGUUGCUUUCUAAUUUGAACUUGAAUAGACCUAACCUUAUAUUGUUGUUCUCCUAAAAUGUCGUAGUGAAGAUGGUGUUCUUGCUAGGUGGCUUGGAUUUUUUUUUCUGAUGUAUAUUUGCUACUUAAAUUUUUGAAUCAACUUGAGAAAGCA